CCCUCAGCUGUGGCCGGGCCGGCUUCGGCGGCGCCGCCAUCUUUGUUGAUGUGUCAGCUCCGCGGGGGUUUUGGCAAGCGACGGCGGCGGAGAGAGCUAGGGAAUCGUCUCGAUCCCCCCCGCUUUCUUUUCCGCCCACUCGUGGUCUGCGGUUCCCAGUCAUGGAAAAGUUGAGCCCUCUGUUCGGACGCCAGAGGUCCCGCUAGGGUGCGGCCUGAGGCUUGGAGAAGUGCGAUGUAAAACAAAAAUCAGGAGUGGAUGUGAAGAAAUGCAAAGUGAAUUGGUACCAGUCAGCAUGUCGGAGACCGAGCACAUAGCCUCCAUUUCACCUGAGUUAAAGGAAGACUCAUGUAACUCAUUUUCUGGUGGUGAAAGCAGCAAAUUAGAAAAUGAAUCCAAACAGUUGUCGUUAAACUUUGACAAAAUCUUAUGUCAGCCUAACGAACACUGUCAAAUUGAAACUUCUGAAAAUUAUGUUCCAGAUCAUGGUGGAGGUGAGGAUUCUUGUGCUAAAAUAGAUACAUGCCCAGAAAAUUCUGAACAAAUAACUUACUUUCCUAGUGGAGAUUCCACAAAACAAGUGUCAAAAACAAGUGAAACUGAACAGACAGUAACACAACUAUUGGCAAAAUUAAAGUCAUCUACAUUUACAGAAGCUGCUAAUCAAAAGACUUACUCAGAAAGUCCCUAUGAUACGGACUGCACCAAGAAACUUAUUGAAAAAAUAAAGACUGUUUCAGCAGCAGAAGAUUUGUUGGAACAAAUAGAAUCUGAACUCUUACCUACUGAGUUUGCAGAAUACCAAGUAUCAAAUGGAAUGAAUAAAGGAGAACAUGCAUUGCUUCUGUUUGAAAAGUGUGUGCAAGAUAAGUAUUUGCAACAGGAACAUACUAUAAAAAAGUUAAUUAAAGAAAACAAGAAACAUCAGGAGCUCAUCUUAGACAUUUGUUCAGAAAAAGACAAUUUAAGAGAAGAACUUAAAAAAAGAACAGAAACAGAGAAGCAGCAUGUGAGCACAAUUAAACAGCUAGAAACAAGAAUAGAAGAACUUAAUAAAGAAGUUAAAACUUCCAAAGAUAAACUAGUAGCUCAGGAUGUUGCAGCUAAAAAUGCAAUUCAGCAGUUACACAAAGAGAUGGCUCAAAGGAUGGAACAGGCCAAUAAGAAAUCUGAAGAGGCACGCCAAGAAAAAGAAGCAAUGGUAAUGAAGUAUGUAAGAGGUGAGAAGGAAUCUUUAGACCUUCGAAAGGAAAAAGAAAUUCUUGAGAGAAAGCUUAGAGAUGCAAAUAAGGAAUUUGAGAAAAACAUUAACAAAAUUAAGCAACUUUCUCAGGAGAAAGGACGGUUGCAGCAGCUGUAUGAAACAAAGGAAGGUGAAACGACUAGACUCAUCAGAGAAAUAGACAAACUAAAGGAAGAUAACAACUCUCACAUCAUUAAAGUAAAGUGGGCACAGAACAAAUUAAAAGCUGAAAUGGAUUUACAUAAGGAAACCAAAGAUAAACUUAAAGAAACAACAACAAAGUUAACACAAGCAAAGGAAGAAGCAGAUCAGAUUCGACAGAACUGUCAGGAUAUGAUAAAAACGUACCAGGAGUCAGAAGAAAUUAAAUCAAAUGAACUUGAUGCAAAGCUUAGAGUCACAAAAGGAGAACUUGAAAAACAAAUGCAAGAAAAAUCUGACCAGCUAGAGAUGCAUCAUGCCAAAAUAAAGGAACUAGAAGAUCUGAAGAGGACUUUUAAAGAGGGUAUGGAUGAGCUACGGACACUAAGAACAAAGGCAAAAUGUCUAGAAGAUGAACGAUUAAGGACAGAAGAUGAAUUAUCAAAAUAUAAGGAAAUAAUUAACCGCCAAAAAGCUGAAAUUCAGAAUUUAUUGGACAGAGUGAAAGUUACAGACCAAAUACAGGAGCAGCUUCAAAGAGGUAAACAAGAAGUUGAAAAUUUGAAGGAAGAAGUGGAAAGUCUUAAUUCUUUGAUUAAUGACCUGCAAAAAGACAUCGAAGGGAGUAGGAAAAGAGAAUCUGAGCUACUACUGUUUACAGAAAAGCUCACUAGUAAGAAUGCACAGCUUCAGUCUGAAAACAAUUCUUUGCAGUCCCAACUUGAUAAGCUUUCUUGUAGUGAAAGUCAGUUACAAAGCCAAUGUGAACAAAUGAAACAAAUAAACAUUAAUUUGGAAAGUAGACUGCUAAAAGAGGAAGAACUACGAAAAGAGGAAGUCCAUACUCUGCAAACGGAACUCACUUGUAGACAAACAGAAGCUAAAGCUCUGAGCGUGCAGGUGGAGGAACUGAAGGAUGAGCUCGUAACUCAGAGACGUAAGCAAGCCUCUAACAUCAAGGAUCUCACCAAACAGCUUCAGCAAGCACGAAGAAAAUUAGAUCAGGUUGAGAAUGGAAGCUAUGAUAAAGAAGUUAGCAGCAUGGGAAGUCGUUCUAGUUCCUCAGGUUCCCUUAAUGCACGAAGCAGUGCAGAAGAUCGAUCUCCAGAAAAUACUGGUUCAUCAGUGGCUGUGGAUAACUUUCCAGAAGUGGACAAGGCCAUGUUGAUUGAGAGGAUAGUUAGGUUGCAGAAAGCACAUGCCCGGAAGAAUGAAAAGAUAGAAUUUAUGGAGGACCACAUCAAACAAUUGGUGGAAGAAAUUAGGAAAAAAACAAAAAUAAUUCAGAGUUACAUUUUACGAGAAGAAUCAGGCACUCUUUCUUCAGAGGCAUCUGAUUUUAACAAAGUUCAUUUAAGUAGACGAGGUGGCAUUAUGGCAUCUUUAUAUACAUCCCAUCCUGCUGAUAGUGGAUUAACUCUGGAGCUGUCUUUGGAAAUCAACAGAAAAUUACAGGCUGUUUUGGAGGAUACGUUACUAAAGAAUAUUACAUUGAAGGAAAAUCUACAAACACUUGGAACAGAAAUAGAACGCCUUAUUAAACACCAGCAUGAACUAGAACAAAGGAUUAAGAAAACCUAACACAGAGAGGCCAAAGCCACAUGGGAGCAGGUGCCACUGACCAGUGUUGUCGGAAACUUCCCUGCUUUUUGUGUCAUCCACUCACAUAUUUGUUUUGCUUCAUCUGUAUAAAAAAUAGCCUUUCACAAAUGGAUGCAUUGCUGUGUAUGCUGUAAGAGUGUAGGCUUUGAUGAAAUUUGUUUUUCUAUGGUUGCAGUGCUACAGCUGUCAGUGAAUCGAAACAACUUAAUUUGCUCAUAGUCGUAUAAGUGCUGAGCAUUGCUGUAAGGGCUUCAAAAAAUUCCUUCUCCAUGUUUCUUCUGUUUAAAAUAUAUAAUGUCAGAAAUGACUCAUCUUCUUAAAAGUAUGCAUAGAAAGAUAUAUUAGUCAUUCAGUAAUUCACUAUUUCUGUAACACCAAGAAAACUACAGAAGUGAUAAGAAUGUUUAUGUUUUUACCUGGCUGUGGGGCACCUGCCAGGAGCCCCAGUUACUCACAAGGCUGAGGUGUGACGAUCAUUUGAGCCCCAGAGUUCAGAGCCAGCCUGGGUAACACAGCAAAACCUUAUCUCAAAACAAACAAAAAAUUUUAAAACUCCACCUUUUUUAUGUUUUAACACUCCGGUAUAACAUAUAAUUGUGUUUGAGGGAUGCGUUUAAAUACUUAAAUCUUUCAGUUCAGUUCAUGGAAACUGAACUUACAGAACAGGCAGCUGUUGGUAACUAGCAGUGAUCACAUAUUAUAUGUCUCUUGUCAGUUUUCCUUCUCUCUGUACAUGUUUUCAGAUUUGGUUUGAAUUAAUCAUUGAAUUCUAAAUCUCGUUAGUUUCUUAAAAUGUUAUUUUUAGUAACAUAUUCACUUAGAAAAUUGCUGUGGACUUCACUUGUUUUUAAAAUGUGAAGUAGAUCAAAUCAUUAGAAAAGGGAGAUGAAUACUACUUUGACAUGGAAAUACGUUGGCUUUACUGACAUGAAGAUAAACAUAAUAGUGCUUAAGAUAUUUAUGCAGAACCAGUUUCCCAAGAGAAACCAGUGUAUGGCACUGUUAAUCAUUUCAUCAGAGCGUCAUUCUUCACUACUGACAGUUAAUUACAUAUUACAGUGAAGUGACCAUGCAUUUCCCCCAAAUGCGAUGUUUCUGUGUAUUUAUUUUAAUAUAUGUCUAGAAUCAAGGGAAUUUUAGAGCUAAAUUUUUGCAUGUUCUUGGAUUUUUUACAUUAUUUAUUCAAGAUGUACACUUAAAUCUUGCCAUAGUAUUAAUAUUUGCCUUUGAAUUUCUCUCACCUUUUAUAAUUUCUCACCUGUUGUAAUUUCUUUCACAUUGCAUGAUAUCCAGAUCGUUAGUACAUGGGGUACCUGGCUCAUAUGCAGAUGUUGCAGCAAGCCUUGUUCUCUUUUAGAUCCCCCCCUACACAAUUAAGAGAAAUGAGCUUUGGAUGAAGCCUUAAAGAAUUGUAUGGGCCCUUAAGUUGGACUCAUGAUGGAAAUGUCCUUAUAAUGUGUUUUAACAUUUUUUUAAAAAUCAACCUAACAUUGUUUAAAGUGGUAAUUUACUAAAGAUUUGGUGAUUCUGUGUAGUGUCUUUUUCUAUGUAUUGAGUUAUAUGUUGUCAUCCCAAAACAAACCUCUUUUUACUUCAGAGUGAAAGUACACAUUCAAAGAUGUUUUAUUUUUAAAAUAGAUGUAAAAAGUAUUAGUCUUUUUUAACAUGUCUUGCUUUUUUAUUAAUAAUUUAUCAAAAUAAGAGGGGAAGUGCAAUAAAAUCUGAAUUAUUUUCCCAUUUGUUUCUAGACACACUAUUGAAACUCCAGAAGUCUACAAGAGUAGGAAACAUACUAAACCUUUUUAGUUUCUUGUGUGAUACAGAUUUAAAAAUUACAAUUUUUUUCUCCAAGCCACAGAAUAUAUAUAAUAGAGACCAAACAGUGAUCAGAUCCAUCAUGUCCCGUGCCUGUGCACUUCUAAAAAUACAUACAUUUAUUACAGACAAAAGAACAUUCCAGUAUUCAUAUUUUUGCCAUGACCUACUUGGGGAAAUUUAAUGAUACAAGUUUCAGAAGAAAGUUAUUAAAAGCCAUAUUUUGACUGUAUUAAAUUUUUUUCUUCAUAAAUUUAAGAAACUAUAGAAAAGUUUUUUAAAAAAUGCUUCCUUUUUGCUCUUCAGUAUCUACUGCAUCCUUUUGUAUACGGAUCAGGGCUGAGCAAAAUAAUUACAAAAAAUGUUCAUCUGUCAGAGACUCCUGUUUCUAGCUUCAUUCACAGACAAGUUGGUAUAAGGAUUUAGGGGCCCUCAAUGUUACUAUAUUGAAUAUAUGGAGAGAAAAUGGAUGACAGGGAUAGACCUGAAAUCUAUGGAGAAAUUUGUCCAAUAUGUUCAUUAUUAAGUGUAUACAUUAAAGGCCAUUUUGGCUAGUUAGUACUAUUUCAGUGUCUUUGAGCAGGAGAUUUUGUCCCUAUGAAGUGUACAA